GAUAAUCUCGCAGCGAGCUCAUAAUCAUAGUGCCACAGAACAAAGACAGUUGGGUGCCAUGAUCUCAACCCCGCUUUCCGGUUAGUUAGUGUUGAGAACACUGCUUUUACCGUACACGAGUUUCAAGCGCGCACAAAAUAUUGGUGAUUUGGGAGGGGGAGUGUCCCUUCAGCCAUGAUCAAGCCGUGUGAGAACAAGCGUAUUUCUUUUGGGAAAUUAUUUAAGUUAAUAUUGUAAACAAUCCUAUGCUUCUGCUAUAUCCGUGAUCAAAUACUAGAAGCCGUUGCUGUGAAGAGUCGGGAAAAUGUACAGUCUGGCAGUCUUCAGUCGGUAACGCGUUGCAGUCUAAUUUUACCACCCCUCGCCUCCAUGAGCUACACACACGCUCACCUACAUUAGGCUACUUAACAUUACUUUAGUUACUCAACAAUUACAUAACACGCGGCUACUGUUGAUCGGAAAAUAGUUACGUCGAAUUACACAAUCCACGUGACAGCAGCAGCACACGGUUGUUUUACACUGUGUUUUAGUCUGGUUACUUUAUUAAUUGCGAUUUGUACCAGAGAUCAGGCAUUAUUUGGCCGUUACGCGCUGGGACCCGAGGAAAGAGUAGAAGCAUGAUGUUUAUUUUAAGUUUCUCCAAAAUGCAAAGGUUUUCUGAAAUGUUAUGAACAGCCUGUGUGGUAUCUUAUUACGAUUCAGAUUAGGCUGUGUUUUAUAGGUUUUAGAAAUUUUUGACGGUGACGUAGAAAAACAAAACAAAUAUUAAUUAAAUUAAUGAUGGAAUAGUUGGUUUAGGGUAACAUAGGCCUAUUGAACUUGACGCACAAACUAGCAAUAAUGAAAAAAGGCUAUUAUUAUUAUUAUGUAAUAAUAGAUAAUAUUAUGAUUAGGCAUUGACUAUGCAUUACACAACAUAGGUUUUACACCAUGGCAUUUCAUUUUGAUUUAGAAAUAGGCCUACCUGGUCGAAUUAAUUGGUUCUCGCACUCAAAUAUUUUAGCCUACUCCCAAAUCUGAAUAAAAACUAUUCAUGGUUAGGGAAAGUUCUCUGUUAGAGCAAAAUGGCGUACAACUACUAGUGGCCCAUGCUGCAGAAACCUUGAAAUUGGUAGGCGAUGGCAGGAAUAGCGUUGCGUCUUCACAAGGGGGAUUACGGUAGCAUCCAAGGGGUGUACAUAUGAUGCGUUGAAAGAGGAGGUAGUUCUUCAUUUCAAUCAGUUGUGUGUUGAGUUCUGUCUAUUUUUCAUGUUUUUUUUUUUCGGGGAGAGGGGGGAAGAAUGAAAGUGGUCUUCCAACAAAGCGGACAUCAUGAACGGCGCACUGUAUAUUUCGUUUUUUCAAGGCCAGCUCGAAUCGGCGCUUGAGCAGGUAGUGCAACUCGCUGUUCAGGAAAUAACCAAGACUGUUGGUGCCACCUUGAAUUCUAUGUUGCUGGAAACAACUGCCAAGGACCAAGAAAACCAACGACUGAGGUUGAAGCUCCAGACUUCAGAGUUUGAAUAUAAUAGAGGACAUGGCAAAACGGCCACUUGCAAAGGCGGGAGAGAAACGAAUGCGGCCAGCGAAGAAACAAAGCCGGAGCAACACACCCCCAGCCAGAAUCGAGAGCGCAACAUACAGGGAGACACACUCAGGAUUGAGCAGAAAGGGCGAGCUGUGGGUCAGCUGAAAGUCGUGAUGGAGCAGGUGUUGGAGUUUGCUGUGACGGAGCUGACGAAGAUCGUGGAGGACAGCUUUGACGACCUGCUUCUCGAACUUACCAAGGUGGACCACGAGAACGUGGCCUUAAAUGACCGGCUGCGGGCAGGCAAGAAACGGCAGGAGAGUGGCAACGGUGGCAAAAGUGACGCCAUGCCAGACGUGCUGCACGGGGUCGCCACGAUGAAGAAGGAGGCGGACAAUGACUCGGACUCGCCCGGAAGCUCGGAGGGCACGCGGUUGGAACCACCCAGGGGCCGAGAACGGGCCGCCAAAGUCACCCGGGCAAAACAACAGACUUCGAACGAAAGCACAAAUGCGGACACGGACAAGCAGAAGGUGUUGGCCGUGGCGCAGGACUGGGUACCCAUCCUGGACAAGGUCUUUGGCCAGAAGUGGUGCAGCGAUGCGUGGCACCUCAAGGAGGCGGUGAAGGCCGAGGGCAGUGCAGGGCUCGCGCUCAACCUCGGCCAGGUCCAGGGUCAGAUGUCCCAAAUGGACGCUCUCAUCCGCGAGGCACUGGAGCCCAGCAUGGGCCAGUCUCAGUGGCUGCAGCCGGGGGACCACGAGGUCCUGUCCCCACGCUCAGAACCGCAGGUUGCGGUGGUCAGUCCCACAGAUGGCGUUCCUGAUCUCUCGUCCCCCUCCAUGCUGCACAGACUGCUAACACUUCCCUCUCAGCUGCUAGAGGGCGAUGAGGAGUCGAUGGAGGGACUACCUGUCCUCUCGGAGGCUCCUGCCGACGACUCUUCUGAGCCCCGGCCAGCAGAUACCCCUUCGGGCCAGAUCAUCCCACCGGUGCUGACUGUGGAAGAGGACGUGGCGGUGGAGGAGGAGAAGAUGGAAGAGGAGGAGGAGGAGGAAAGAAGAUGACAAAAGCUCGGACACGGACCACUGUUUCUCUCCCCGGGGAGGCUCACGGAACUCGAGCAGGAAGUCGCACGUGUGCAAGCUCUGCGGGAGGCGUUUCAGCCGGGCGCACCUCCUCAAGGCUCACGGGCAGGUGCACGAGGCUGGCGACGCCCUCCGCUGCUCCGAGUGCGGCAGGCGCUUCACGCAGCCCUCCCGCCUGCAGGCCCACAUGCGCACGCACCAGGAGCAGCACCCCAGAGGUCGACGAGACCCUCAGGAAUGAGGGCGAAGACAGAAAAACGCGAAAAAAAGGAAAAAAUACAUAUAGGUGAACUUUACAGUGUUUUUAUAUAUAUAUUGACUUGAGUGCGUCGCCACACAAGGAAAAGGAAAAGAGAGAUGAAGGGAGGGAGAACAAGGGAGGGAGAUCAGCGAGAUUUCAAUCCAUCACUCCCAUUACUAGGAACUGACUCUUGCACCUUUUUGCGACGGGAGUUCAGAACAGCAUUUUUUUCCUCUCUUCUGUUUAGGUACUCUGGAUUUCGAACCAGAGCGGUGUAAGGAGUUUGAUACCUGCUGUUUCUUUUUUUUUUCAAAUUUUUUGUUUUUGUUUUUAAAUGUGUUGUUUUUUAUUUUUCUUUCGAUCUCAGAAAUUGAAGCCAGCUGAAAUAUCAUCACUGUCACUGAUUUCUAGGUGCUGACGUUACAGAUUGGCAGAUUGGAAUGGCUGGACUAGAGAGUGGAGGUCGUGUGAUUCAUGUACAAAUAAGCAUGGGGAAAAUGUUGCCUAACGUAAUGUAACGAUAGGCAGUGAAGUAAUUUUUCUUUUUAAGGAGAGGAAGAAAUGUAACAGAGAGCUUCCCCCCUGAAGCUCCCCCCACCCACCCUCAAAGAAAUGAGGCACUGAGGAUGUACCUGCAUAGUGUAUUAAAUCAAUAGUUGGUUUGCCUUUUGAAAUCAAAGAGGAAAUUCCUGCAGGUAGAACAGGUUUUCUUUGGUAAAAGAAAAAGAAAGCCACACUGGUUCAUGAUGUAUUGAGAACCCCCAGUGGCUUUUGAUGAUGGGUAAAGUAGCACAGAACGAAAAUGAAUGUGAAUCACUUCUGCCAUCUUCAGCACUAGAGCUGUGUCUUACAUUUGAAGCGGCCUCAGUGCCGGUGGAGGGAAGGUUAGCUACUGUUAGCAAUGGACAGAGGCAAGGCCAAAUUGAUUUUUGAUGCCCACCUCUGAAUGUGAUUUUUUUUUUUUUUUUUUUAGAUUGAAUGAACCAGGGAUGUCUAAUUAUUGACGUACACUUCACAAUCCACUUUCUGCAGCCGCCAAUGACACACAACUUUUUUUUUUUCUUGUAUUGAGCCAAAAUACCUCAUAACAGAAUUUUAGAUACUUACUUGGAUAAAAGGGAACACCUGUUUUUCUUUCUUUGUUGUUUUUUUAUAAUGUGCUUGGCUACACAGCACAACUGCAUACUGGCCAUGGAUUGGCAGAUGGUCUGUCGUAGCUCUGUGACUUGGACAUUCAAGAACACCACACCUACUGCAGAAGCAGCACAACAUUCAUGGUCAUUUGUGUACAUUUGACAGAAGUUAAAGCCCCGUACAAGAGACACAAGGAGAGUAGAGGGGUAAAAGAAAAUGUUGAACAUGACUACAAGAAGCUCGAGGAAAUGCUACUGUAUCUUCAGCAGUUAUGAUGACGACGUGUUGCUGUUGUAGAGAGUCUUGUUGGUGUAGUGUCAAGAAUUGUCCUUUUUCUUUUUUGCUAUUUUAGGGUGCUUAAAUAUUUGCAUCCUCCUUGUUUUUUUGUUUUAUUAUAUAUUUCUUCAUCUUCUAUUGGGGUGGGGCAGGGUGCUUACUUUGAAAUCCUGACACUUCAGGACUUCUGUUUGCCUUUCCACUGGUCUUUCCCAGUGGCAUGCACUCAUUUUUUUUUUUUAACAAAAAAAGACAAAACAAAAUGUCUCCUCUGGGCAGCCUCUUUGGGUUUGCGUAGCGUCUUCCUAUUCUCUCUCAAUAUGCUUGGUGUCUCUAUGGAUGUGUGUAGCGUCUUGGUUACGGAGGCACCACUGCCCACAGUGAAGGCCGCGGUUCAACUCGGUUGCACAAGGAAGGUCAACAUGUGUCUGUUCUGUACAUGACCGCAGUCUGAUUCAACAACGCGAGGGCUUCAGAUAAUGCCCAGUCUUCUCAGAGACCACUGGUUUCAAGGGAUUCAAACAACGUAUUCAUGAUGGGUGUUGAUUCCCAUACUCUUGUACAAAACAGGUUUUUAAACUUGUCUUGGAAUCAUACUUGAUAGCAUGUGAACUGUGUUCUUAAAAGAUUGUAAGUGUGUGAUUUGGGGGAAAAAAGGCCAGAUCCCUUGUCAGAGAAGAUCUUUUCUCCAACUCAGUCUCCAGUACUCUGGGCUAACCACCGGUGUCCCUUCGAUAGAUCUGCUAAGAGCUGCACGGGGUUACAUUCUAAGCCACUGUCACGAGUGCCCUCUUCUUACUUUCUUUAUCUACAGAGCUUUUGUUUGCUAGCGCAGGACACACAGGAAGGAUGAAGUCAAUUCCUCUCAAUACCUCAUUUUCAGGGAAAAUAAGACGUCAAGAGAGACGUGCAAUAACAAGAAAAGUCGAAUUUGUUGGGUCUUGGUUAAAAAAAAAACCUCUAUCACAGUUUACAAGGGCACUCCUUAUAGUGGAUGGGAUCAAAACCUCAUUUUCUAUCUAUAUGCUAGUGUAUGAUGUACAUUAACUUAAAUAUUAUAUUUUCUAUAGGCCGAUUAUGUGUCGAUAGCGAUAGAAAUCGUUAUCGGCCUUCUUUUAUGUCAGUUCUGGCAUUAAUAGACAAUAACAGACAGGGCUCAGAGGCUUUUCACUCAGUUGAAACAGUCACCUUCAACCUUAACCUUGCAACUAGCUGAGUUGUGCAUCGCUAGUGCUAGGAACAAGCCGGCAUACUAAGCUAUUCUCUUGUCUCUUCAGCUGGAUUUUCAAACCUUGGAUCAGCGUAGCAGGGCUGCUGCUGACUAGCACUUGUUUCCUAUGCUGUGUGCUGCAUCCUUCAUGUCUCUUUCAGAGGCGUUAUUGCUGAUCUACUUCUCUUCAUGUAAUCUCGUGGAGCCAGAAGCAUGUUAGCAUGCAUGUUUCUGGACAGGUUUUUGGGUCUAAGUGGGGGCAACAUUGAUUAGCAGGUCUUAGUGUUUUUGGGAAAGUUCUAAACCAAUUCAGAACGUCAAAGUUGUGUUGUAGUGUGUGGUGCUUCAUAGAAGCUGUUACAGUAGUGUGCUUUUAAAGAUUCACUUAACUGGUCCUUAAGCUCCUCAUGGUUCUUUGACAGUCCAUUUUGUGUGUAGGCUUAAAAAAAUGGUUUGGAUUGAGCCACAUCAGCCAAGCAGCAUGUCGCUUCAUGGAGCAUGGAAGGGAAGGGUGUAAUUUGAUUGGCUGUUGCGCUCAAAUAUCAACAACCUUUCAUCAGACUUGUGGACUGUAUCUUUAAAAGUAAAACAAGUGUUUUUAGUCAGAUUGUCACCUCUCUCUCAAUACCAGCAUCAUCUCAGUGAGUUGUCUCCAGAUGUGCACUCUGAUGGCCGUAUCUGUCUGGCCCCACGAGAUUACCCAGAAUGCAUCAGUGCAAAUAUACGGACCAGAUUUACGAUUCCUGU